UCUGUGCUCUGUACUGCACACGUAAAAUUCAAUUGUUUUUCUACUGUUAUUUAAGUUUUCUAUAGUUUCUAGUUAAAAUAUUUCAGAACUGUGUAUUUUAUAAGUUGAUCUAGUCAUUAAAUUGAUAUUAUAUAUUAUGUUGUAAGCCACAAAAUGAUUCGAUAUAUAAAAUAUAUUUUGUACAUCGCUGUAACGUGCCAGAUCACCGCGGUAUCAUCGCACGAUCAUCUUUUGGAAGGUAUUUAUUGUGGAAAAGUGAAUUGCUAUGAUGUACUUGGAGUCACAAGAGAGGCUACAAAGAAUGAGAUCGCCAAGAAUUACCGACAAUUGGCUAAAAAGCAUCACCCUGACUUACAUAGAACUGAAGAGGCUAAAAAGCUGGCCGAGGAGAAAUUUAAGGAAAUAGCCACUGCUUAUGAAAUUUUACGAGAUGACGAGGAGCGCGCAGAUUAUGAUUACAUGUUGGAUAAUCCUCAAGAGUAUUAUGCUCAUUACUAUAGAUACUACCGGCGCCGCAUGGCACCCAAAGUAGAUGUUAGGAUCGUAAUAUCAGUCAUUAUAACUUUAAUAUCCAUCAUCCAGUACUAUAGUGCCUGGUCUAAAUAUGACACUGCUAUAAAAUACUUUAUGACAGUACCAAAAUAUAGAAAUAAAGCAUUGGAUAUAGCUAAGGCAGAAAUAAAGGAUCAACAAGGGAAAAAGAAUAAGAAAAGUAAGGCAGAACAGAAAGAGGAGCAGGACAGGAUAAUUCGGAGAGUGAUAGAGGAAAAUAUGGACAUCAAAGGUGCAUAUGCAAAGCCCGAGGUUGUGGACAUACUGUGGGUGCAACUAAUAAUCCUACCUUACACAAUAGUAUAUUAUAUAUAUUGGUAUUUGAGAUGGUUUUGGAAAUUCACCAUUUUAAAACAACCAUAUGGAGAGGAGGAAAAGAUGUAUUUAAUUAGGAAAUAUAUGAAGUUAGGAAAACACCAAUUCAAUGCAUUAGAUGAUGAAGAGAAGGAGGAGUUUUUAGAGGAAGAGUUGUGGGUAAAAGAGAAUUUUAAGGUUUGGAAAGAGAUCAAGGAUGAAGAGGCUAAAAAAGCGUUGGCAGAAAAUAAUAAAUAUAAACAGUACAGAAGGUAUAUUAAACAACAUGGUGUUGGUAGGAUGACCUUUGAUGAUUCAUGAUAGUAUAGAAUAAUAUUUUACAAUUAUUUAUUUGCAUUUAUAAAUAUAGAUGAUGUAAAUAUGAGAUUGUUAAUUCCAUUGUGUCCAUUAGCUUCCAUCAUUAUUUAUUUACAUGACAAACUUAAUGCUCAAACUGCUGUAGAAAUCUCGUUUAGCAGAAGGGUGGCAAGAAUAAAAAACAUUUUUACACAA